UAGUUUCCUCAGUGCGCAAUGGGAUAUUUUAUGUAUUUAUAACAAUGCGAGGAGGUAAUGACUUCCAGGAAAGAAGGUUUAGCUUUUUUUCUGCUGUCUGCUUUUCUUCUGGCUUCGUUUGGAGAUGAGCACUCUGUGUAUUACCUCUACACAAUGCAGUCCAAAUAUUCAGUUUAUAACAUUUACGACUGCACUGCUGUGACGCUGCUGGACGGCAGACAGAUUUUCUUCUACAACAGCACAGACGAAUCCAGAACUCCUAAACAGGACUGGCUGAAGCACUUGUCGGAGUUUGACUGUGCAAGAAGCACUGACAAACUGAAGCAUGACAGGCAACUAUUAAACAAGCUUCUGGAGAUUCAGAUGAAAGCCUCUGGCCACUUUCAGUCAGACGGUCAUGUUCUUCAGUGGAUAUACGGCUGUGAGGGUGAACUGCAUUCUGACGGCUCUCUGACGAUAUUAAACACUACUAAUGCAUAUGGUUAUGAUGGAGAAGAUCUAAUUCAUUUUGACUCUGACUCUGGAAGGUUUUUAACCCCAGAGAAGAAGAAGAACAGAGAUCUGGAAGAAAAGUGGAAUUCCUACCUUCAGCAGAAAGCUGUUAAACAGUGCAGGGAGUGUGAAGAUUUGCUGAAAAUGUAUUCACAAUACAAUACUACUGAGAGCAAACCAAGUCAGGCUCCACCUGAUGUUUACAUGUUCGCAAAGAAGUCUAUGAAAGACACAAGCAAGCUGAUACUGACUUGUAUGACCACACACUUCUACCCCAUAAAUGUGAAGAUGAGGAUGAGGAAGUUCGGCACUUUCUUUCCUGAACAUCUGAUCACAUCUUCUGGAGUUAAACCCAAUGAUGAUGGAACCUACCAGCUGAGGAAGAGUGUGGAGAUACAGGAAGAUGAUUCAGCAGAUUAUACGUGUUUUGUGACACACCGCACCCUCCAAAAACCAAUGACUGAAAAAUGGGGUAAUUAUAACUAUGAGAUACCUCAAGUGUGGAUGCUGCUACACACAGAAGUCAGUGUGGAUAGCAAGAAGAGAUCCUUUAUGUGUUAUAUGUUUUAUGUACACGUACGACUCACUAAAUCAGAUAACUCAUUAGCUACAACCUAG